AUGCCCCUCUCAACUCUCUCAACACGCGCCCAAACAGUCGUCACAAACGAAUCAAGCAACCCAUUCCACGAAAUCAUCAAAGACACAUGGAACCCAGAAACCAACCCAAACGGCUACAUAAACGUCGGCGUAGCCGAAAACACCCUAAUGCACCCCUCGUUCCUGGAGCACAUCAACAAGCCCCUGACUCUACCAGCAAAAUACCUAACCUACAACGAAGGCGGGUCAGGCUCGACACGACUAAAGAAGUCCAUGGCGGCAUUCCUGAAUAGACACCUGAAACCAGUCGUCCCACUACAGGCAGAGCACCUCCUCCCAACGAACGGUCUCUCCUCGGCUCUUGAGCAUGUUUCUUGGGCAUUUGCGGAUCCCGGUGAAGGGAUUCUUCUUGGAAGACCGUAUUACGGGAUGUUCAUUCCUGAUUUGUCGUUGCGGACUGGGUCCGUGGUUGUUCCUGUCAAAUUCGACGAUGUGGAUCCAUUGGCCAUUGACGCCGUGGGGAAAUAUGAAGAGGCGAUUCUUGAUUUCCAGAGGACGGGGAAGAGGGUUAAAGUGCUGAUGCUGUGUCAUCCGCAUAACCCACUCGGACGAUGCUAUCCUCGGGAUGUUCUUGUUGGGUUGAUGCAGUUGUGUCAGCGGUAUCAGAUCCAUUUCGUUAGUGAUGAGAUCUAUGCGCUGUCGACGUUUGAGAAUACCGUGGAUAAUGGGGUGCCGCCGGCUGUGCCGUUUGAGUCUGCUUUGUCUGUUGAUUUGACGGGCGUUAUUGAUGCUAGUUUUGUUCAUGUGCUUUGGGGCAUGAGUAAGGAUUUUGGCGCGAAUGGGAUUCGAAUUGGGGUUAUUAUUUCGCAGGGGAAUCCUGAUGUGCAUUUGGCUUUGGCGGGGAGUACGCUUUAUUCUUCUGUUUCUGGGCCUACGGAUCAUCUUGCUUCGGUUAUGCUGGAGGAUAUUGAGUUUACGGAUUGGUACAUCAUGCGGAAUCAGGAGUUGUUGGCUGAAGGGUAUGCUUAUGCGACGAGGUACUUGAGGGAUCAUGGAAUUGAGUAUGCCACUGGGUGUAAUGCUGCGUUCUUUGUUUGGAUGAAUCUUGGGAAGAGGUUCUGUGACUUGCAUCCUGGGGAGAGGGGUGGAGAUGUUGGGGAGAAGGUUAUGCAGCGGCUGUUGGGGAAGAAGGUGUUUUUGGCUAGUGGGGCGCUUUUUGGGUCGGAGCAGGAUGGGUGGUUCCGGAUUGUUUUUACACAGGGCUAUGAGGUCUUGAGCCUGGCUUUAGAGAGGAUCGUUGCUGCUAUUGAGGGGUGA